AUGUUAAGGUGUGUCAGGCGUAUACCAGAAGUCCCGAGCGCUUAUUCGAGGGCCCUCCAUGGCUGCCAACGAUUCCAAUCGACAUACGCAUCUUCCACAGGUCAGAAUGGUGUUUUUGAACCCAUGGUUCGUGGCCCCAUCAUGACUUCCAAGACCGAUCUAAUGGGCGAUUUUCCAAAAAACGAGCUUCAUCUGCUGGAUCAGGGGAUCAGGAAGUCGGACGAAUUCGCAUCUCAGUUUACAAACUAUCGAUAUAGGUUCAAGAAGCUUCCACCCACUUAUGGCUCCAACCAACUUAUAUCUAUAGAGCCCGAGCUGCAGCAGAAACUAGAAAGCGUGGUACAGGACUUCAAAUCUCCCGUGAAGUAUGCAUUCGGCUACGGAUCUGGCGUUUUCAAACAAUCUGGGUAUGAGCAAGGCCAAGAGGUCCCACAGAUUGAUCUCAUAUUUGGCGUAUCACACCCAGAUCACUUCCACUCCCUGAACAUGAGACAAAAUCCUCAUCAUUACUCAUCGUUGAGAUAUUUUGGAUCAAAAUUCGUUUCAAAAUUUCAAGAGGUGGGUGCUGGUGUGUACUUCAACCCAUUUGCGGAAAUUAACGGUCAAACGGUCAAGUAUGGUAUUGUGUCAAUGGAAGUUCUUUUGAAAGAUUUGGCAACUUGGAAUUCUUUUUACUUGGCUGGGAGGUUGCAGAAGCCUGUCAAGGUACUCAAAAACGAUUUGUCUGUGCAGUACUGGAACCAGCUUAACUUGAAAGCUGCUGCAACCUUGGCGAAACACCUCAUAUUGAAGGGAGAGAAGAAACCAAUCGACGAGUUUGAGUUUUACAAGCAAAUUACUGCUUUGAGUUACGUGGGGGAUAUUAGAUACAAACUGGGUGGUGAGAAUCCUGAUAAGAUUCGAAAUAUAGUUGAGAAGAACUUCUGUCAAUUUCAGGAGUACUACAGACCCAUUUUCAAAGAUGUCAUUUUGAACAACUCGCUUUAUCUACCGCAGGGCUUCACUGCCGAAAACUCAAUUCAGCUGUUGGAAAAAAGAAUAUUUCAAACCAGCUCGCUGCAGACAUUCAAAGGAGUGUUCACGGCUGGUGUGUCCAAGUCGAUACGUUAUGCUUGGGCUAAGAAGCUGAAAGCCAUGAAGAGGGCCAAAUAG